AUGGCAGAUCAACAUGAUGUUGAUUUGGACUCCAUAAUCGACCGUCUGCUGGAGGUUCGUGGCAGUCGCCCUGGCAAACAGGUGCAGCUGCUCGAGGCCGAGAUCCGAUACCUGUGCACCAAGGCUCGUGAGAUCUUCAUCUCCCAGCCCAUCCUGCUCGAGCUCGAGGCUCCUAUCAAGAUCUGCGGCGAUAUCCACGGGCAGUACUAUGACCUGCUGCGCCUGUUCGAGUAUGGCGGGUUCCCGCCGGAGGCGAACUACCUCUUUCUCGGUGACUACGUCGACCGUGGCAAGCAGUCUCUGGAGACCAUCUGCCUGUUGCUGGCAUACAAGAUCAAGUACCCCGAGAACUUCUUCAUCCUGCGUGGCAAUCACGAGUGCGCCUCUAUCAACCGCAUCUACGGCUUCUACGACGAGUGUAAGCGCCGUUACAACAUCAAGCUGUGGAAGACCUUCACCGACUGCUUCAACUGCCUGCCCAUCGCGGCCAUCAUCGACGAGAAGAUCUUCACCAUGCACGGUGGUCUGAGCCCAGACCUGAACUCCAUGGAGCAGAUCCGCAGGGUCAUGCGCCCCACUGAUAUUCCAGACUGCGGGUUGCUGUGCGACCUGUUGUGGUCAGACCCUGACAAGGACAUCACCGGCUGGAGUGAGAAUGAUAGAGGUGUUAGUUUCACAUUCGGGCCGGACGUCGUGUCUCGUUUCCUGCAAAAACACGACAUGGACUUGAUCUGCCGUGCCCAUCAGGUGGUCGAGGACGGAUACGAGUUCUUCUCCAAGCGCCAGCUCGUCACCCUCUUCAGCGCGCCUAACUACUGUGGAGAGUUUGACAAUGCGGGUGCCAUGAUGAGUGUCGACGAGAGUCUACUCUGCUCAUUCCAGAUCCUCAAGCCCGCUGAGAAGAAACAAAAGUACGUUCCCGGCCUCGGAGGCAGUAGAUCCAUCACUCCUCCCAGGAAGUCGUCCAAGACCUGA